AUGGUCCCACACCGCACUUGGUUCAAACCAGGAACAUAUCGCGCUGUGCUUGAACACCACAGCGCAAUCCAUCCAGUGCGCAAGAUCAGUUUCAGUGAUGACUCCACAGUGGACGCAAUUGGAAAAGGAACUGUUACUUUUCGCACCACCAUAAAGGGGCAGAUAUAUGAUGUCAAACUAUCUGAUGCACUGCAUGUACCGGCCUUCACGAUAUCACUCAUAUUAGUUUCCAAACUUGUGCACCACGGACUGUCC